AUGCAACUUUGGUUGUCCAGUUUGCCCGAGCUGGAGGAGCUGCAACUGCUCUUGAGACGCAACUGUGACGGGCUGAGAGAACUGGUUCUGCAUGUGCACAGAUGUCCCAAGUUGGCAAAGGCUGCCAAGCAAAGCAUCUACAACUCUGUCCACGGGUGGCCCUGGCGCCACACGGACAAAUGGAUCAGCAUCGAAGAGGCUGAAUCUGCCUGGUUUCAGAUGUUCGGAGGCAAAAAUCUUCCGGAGGAUGCCAUCCCCAGAGCAAGAGCAAGGUUUGAUGCUGCGAAGUUUCAGGAGAUGAGUCCAGAUCUGCCCUUCCCUUGCAGCGAAACAAACUGCAGCACCUUCCACCCCAAUCGACAUGGCUUUUGCCACAAGCAUCGCUUCCAUCGUUUUGGAAGGAAACUAUCCGCUGCAGUAGUGAGAACCUUGGGCUGGUCGGAGUUGGUCCUCCUUCUCACCAUUCAAGCAGCGGCAGAGAUCCAAAGCAGAUUUUUGCUUUUGGUGAUUUUAGUGUCGUUGCUUCCAGUGACCUGCAUUUUUCUCGAGGAAAGCACUGGCAUGUCAGCUGCCUCUAUUUGCGUCACAUUCCUGGUCGUUUCCGUUGGCACUUGUUUGUACACCGCCAAGCGCUUGGAUGGUAUGCAACAGAGCGUCUUCAACGUGGCGCUUGCCACUGAAGCCAGCUACUUUCAAGUGCUGCAGCCUUCAUCAGAAACCAGCAACAACCUGGUACAGGUGUCAACCAUAUUGAGGAGCCAUACAGACGGCUCAUCUCAAGAGCUACAGACCCAGCAAGACUUGAGAAGGAACUAUGAGCUAGCGAAAAGUCACAUGAGUAUUUUUCAGAGUGCUGUUUGUGAACCACUUGCAAGCACAGGGCUAGAAGUUGUUGCGAAGAUGAAAUCCCUUACAGAGCUGGACGAAAGGGAAGGAGGAGCGGAUAUUUUGUUUUGCGAAGUCUGGUGUGACAGUCUGCAGGAAGUCCAAGAUGCGUGGGACAUGCUGAAAGACUUGGAUGGUGUGGAAAUCGUCUCAGCUCGCGAUUUUUUCGCAGUUGCAUCUUACAAAAAAAACUGUCAAGUUGUGGUGUCUCUCCAGGGUUACUUGACCACAGUUGUUUUGCUGGAGAAAUCUCUGAGUUCUUGGGAGGCUCAGAAAGGCCUCUCUGACGCAGCAGAUUCCCUAGGUCUUUUAGACAAGACCAAGGCAUCAGCUUGGGAAGUUUCUCGACUCCAACGUGAUUCCGAGGUCCCCAGAUGCGUGUUUGUGGCCACUGCUUUCCUGCGACUAGUUGCACUUUCCUCGUGUUAAAUCAUUGGCGGAAAAAUUGGC